AAGUAGAAGAAAUUGAGUUCCUUCAAACUGUCAGAGAGAUUUCAACCUGUUGGCGUUUGACCCUGAUGGAGAUAAAGUUGAAUGCAGAUACGGAAAUGAAGCACUGUCAGAGUGUAACCCCUGCACACCGCCGUCUGUUCUCAACCUCUCACCAUCUUGUACUUUGUCAUUCAGCCCCACCGAUAGCAUUAAUAAAGGUCUGUGGGCUGUACAGCUGGUGAUGGAGGACUUUCCCACACAGAAUAUCACCCUGACUCAAACUAACGGGACACAGACAACAAUAACUACCAUCAACGCUAUAAGCAAAAUACCUGUCCAGUUUGUUUUAAGUGUGGAUCGUGCGGUGCCGUCCUGCACAGAGGGACUUUAUCUGCCCAAGUUUCUGCCUCCAACCCCAGACAACAGAGCUCAGCUGUACGCCCCUGUCAAUCAGACCCUGGAAAUCCGGAUCAAUGCAAAAGCAAAUAACUCCACGAUUUCUGAUCUGCUGUUCAGCGGGCCGUACAAUAUGAACCGGAUUAUACUGGGAGCUGGACAGUACAUCCUGAGUUGGACGCCGUCUGAAAACCAAAUUGGAGAAAGCCAUCCCGUCUGUUUUGUUGUCCAGGCACUUUUCAAUACAGUCGAGUAUCAAUCGAAGCUACGAUGUGUGAUUGUUAAUGUUGGAUAUGACCCAUACCCGAUCCCAAUUUUCAUAGGUCUGAAAAUGAAGGUUUCCGCUCUGUCUUCACUGUCUGAGGACUACAUCUUUGAUAAAAUCAUAGAAAAGAUUACAGCUGAAAUGUUGAGUCAAGAAGUGCCAUCCGACUUCUCUCCAAGCCUCAUUAGAGCUGAAUUGUUGAGUCAAGGAGUGCCAUCUGACUUCCCUCUAAGCCUUAUAAGAGCUAAACUGGUGUGACCUGCCAUCAGACCUCCCUCGAAACCUCGUGAAUAGUGGGAAACUGAACUUUACAACCACAGGGGUCACUGUCUCAUCUUGAACAUUUAUUAAAAAAAAUUUAUUCACAGUCGUUGAAAAUUUGAUUUUUACGGAAGCCCUAAGCGGCCAUCCAUUCAAAUAUUUAUUUUACUCCGAUGUCGGAAUCUUGAGAUAACAAACCAUAGCUGAAUACAGGGGUUGGCCCGUGUUUUUCCUUCAGUACAGUGUGACUGGUUAGUUCAGUUGGUAGAGCACAGGACUCAUAAUCCAAGGAUUGUGUGUAUUUGACUCCUGCUGUCAACAACUUUUUUUUCCCUCUUGUGUGUUUUUUUUUACUAUCCUCUUCAACAAAGUCGUUAUGAAGAGAUUCAGCGGUAUCCAAUCAAACAUUUCCUGAUGGCUAUUUCAAAGGUUCAGAAAUAGCUGUCAGGAAAUGUGUAACGUUAAAUGGAUUCACCUGAAUGAGAAGCACAGUAUGUCCUCUGCCUGGGAAUGAUGGGGAAAUGAAAAGUCCAUAGGUUGAUGGAUGUGGACCAAUCUCCACUCUGUUCAUAAGAACUGUUGAAGAGGAUUAUGAAAAAGAUUAAAAACUUCUGUGAGGAUCAAACAACUCCAAGAGGAUGAGUCCUGUGCUCUUCUAAGCUUACCCGUGAUACAGAAACACAUAGUAAAAUUACCUUUAAACCACUGUUAAACUACUGUUUUGUUAUCUCGAGAUCAUGAGAAAAUUAUCCCAUUAUCAUGGGAAAUCGGAGUAAAAAAAUGUUUCAAUGGAUGGCUGCUUAUGGCUUCUGUAGAUUUUUCUUCUGUGUGGGAUGUACUUUAGGGGACUAAGCCCUGUUUGGGCCGUUUUCUCUAUUUUUACAUUUGGGCUUAUAAACCAUAUGUUAUGGAGUUGUAACACCAUGUGUUUGGUAUCUAUGGAUUCAGAACACCUUAAGCUAACAUAAUCAUGCGUGUAAUGUGUUUAUUAAGGAAGUAUGAGUGAAAAAUGUACAAUAAACUAGAGAAUUUCAAAAACGAAAA